AUGUUUUCUGAUUUCAGACUUCAUCUAAUUGUGUAUUACUUGGGUGUAUGUUUCAGGGCUGCUGAUCACCAGUGGGGUGGUGAUCAAUUUGCAACAGCUGGUGCUCAAGUUGAUAUAUGGGAUCACAAUAGGUCAGAGCCAGUAAGGAGUUUCGAGUGGGGGAAGGAUACUGUUAUAUCCCUUCGAUUUAAUCCUGGAGAACCAAAUAUUCUAGCCACAUCUGGCAGUGAUCGCAGCAUUACGUUAUACGACUUGCGGUUAUCAACUCCAGUGAGGAAGCUGAUCAUGAAGACAAAAACUAAUGCUCUCUGCUGGAAUCCAAUGGAGCCGAUGAACUUCACAGCUGCAAAUGAGGAUUGCAACUCCUACAGUUACGAUGCUAGAAAACUGAAAGAGUCCAAGAAUGUGCACAAGGGUCAUGUUUCUGCAGUGAUGGACAUUGAUUAUUCACCUACUGGCCGGGAGUUUGUUACUGGCUCUUAUGAUAGAACUAUAAGAAUCUUUCCAUAUAACGGUGGCCACAGCCGGGAAAUCUAUCACACUAAGAGGAUGCAAAGGGUAUUUUGCGUGAAGUUCACCUGUGAUGCCACUUAUGUUGUUUCUGGGAGUGAUGACACUAAUCUGCGGUUAUGGAAAGCCAACGCAUCAGAACAAUUGGGAGUGAUUGUUCCAAGGGAGCGUAAAAAGCACGAAUAUAAUGAGGCUCUGAAGAAAAAACACCAGCACUUUCCUAAGAUUAAGAGCAUUCAUAGGCAUAGACACUUGCCUAAAGCAGUAUACAAUGCGGUCAAUCUAAGGCGCACAAUAAGUGAUGCAGCUAUGAAGAAAGAGAAUAGGAGAAGAGCUCACAGUGCUCCAGGAAGCAUACAAAGGCAGUCACUGCGCAGAAGUAGAAUCAUCAAAGAAGUUGAGUAACCUCAAGCAAAAUAAGAUUACAAGUGUUAAUACUAGCUCCCUUGCACCAAUAUUUGUAGAGUAUACCAAUGUUUUGCUCGCAAUCUCCUUUGUAAUUAUAUAAAUGACUGCAGCACUUAUGCUGUUUUUUUUAACUUAAAUUGUAUAGCAACUUUGAUACAUGAUUUCAAAGAGUUUAUGUUAGGCGGA